AUGGACUGUCCUGCUACUAGAAGAAGAUGCAAAGAGGAAUUUAUGAAAGUAUUUGGGCAGCAGUUGGAGGGAACUGACCCAGAGAGAUCAACCCUGCUGGGAAACCUACUAGAAGAAGAAAUACACAGAACUACAACAACACGCACAGAUUAUGGCACUCUUUUUAGAACAAAGUAUUUGAAUCUAAAAGAUGCAUCAAAUAAGUGGCUGUGCACGUCUGUCUACAAUGGUGUCCUUGAAAUAGACAAGUUUAUAGCCAUGACAGGCGAGGAUAUGAAAAGCAAGGAGUUAAAAGAGCUAGAAGCAAAGAUAUUCCAGAGAGCCCUUCUUGACACCACAAUUGCCCAGCAGGAGGCAGAGACAGACAUCUUCUUCUGCACGAAGUGCAAGCAAAGAAAGUGCACUUACAGGCAGCUGCAGACCAGAAGUGCAGAUGAACCCAUGACCACGUACGUUCACUGCGUUGUCUGCAAGAACAACUGGAAGUUCUGCUAG